AUGGCCGACACGGACCACAUCCGGAGCGUGCAGAGCCACCUCCAGCGCGGCGAGAAGGAGGCCCGCGCAGCGCUCGAGGCGUCUCUCAAGGACAACCUGGCAUGGAUCACGCUCUUCUCGACGGCGGCCAAGAAGGAGCUCCGGCGGCCGUCCAUCAAUGCCAAGAAGCGACGGCUCGUGCUCGACCUGAUCUCGGACGACGAUGUGCCCAGCAUGCCAAAGCGGCCACGAAUCGAAGCCGCGCCGAGUGACGACAUUUCGGUCGCCGCGAUCAAGGCCUCGCCGACGCCGAGCGUCGCGGCAAGUCCCUUGAAGGCUGACGUGCCACCGCCGCAGAUCAAGCCGAGCAAGCCCAAGAAGAAGUCGAACAACGUCAUCGUCAUCGAGUCCUCGUCCGAGAGCGACAGCGAAGACGACAACCAGUCGCUCAAGAGCGUUGCAGCUGUGGUGCGCGACCCGACGAAACUCAAGGUGCCCGAACUUCGCAAAGCGCUGAGUGAGCGCAACCUCAGCACAUUUGGCCUUAAAGCCAAGCUGGUGGAGCGACUCACUCGAGCCCUCGCAGACGAAAAAGCGCGCGAAGCCCGACGCGUCACGCCGGACGAGGCUGGCGUUGAUGAAUACGACGACGACGACGACGCGAUUCUACCUCGGCUCAAAUCCAAGGCCACCAAAUCAUUAACUAAGAGCGCUACUAAGCCAACAACGAGUACAGAGCCACUGAACCAACCAAGUCCUGACGCUGACGUGGCACCUCGCGUGGAAUCGCGCGUCAAGGCCGCCGAGGAGCCAUCACCGGAACUCAAAGCGCCGUCGCCGGUCAAGCCUGCUUCACCUGUCAAGUCAGCUUCACCGGUGCAACAAGCGUCGUCGCCAGUAGCCAUCGCCGCGCCUGCGUCGCCCAUCGCGGCAAAACCAUCGCCGACGCCACCGUCGCCCGUCGCUGCGCCAACCGCUUCCAUGGCUGCUCGGGUAUCGAAGGCUGUCUCCGAGCCGUCACCGGUGGCCGCCGCAUCGCCACCCCGGCCCACCGUCGACUCGUUCGUGGACGAGACACCCAUGGCCUCGCCCGAGCGGCCGCCGCCCGUGCGCCACUCGCCAGGCAAGGUGCGCUCCAAGGAGCGCAAGCGCAAAACUCUGUUUCCGCCCGAGUCGCCUCAAAGCACAUCGUUCUCGGCGCCGCCUAGUGACGGCCCGAUCCUUUCGACCGCCGCCUCGCUCAAGCUCGCCGAGCGCAACCGUGCGCUUGAGCCGAAAAAGGCGAUCGAUCGCGCCAAACGCAAGGAAGGGCUCAUGAAGAUGUACGAGGAGCAGCGCCGGCUCGACGAAGAGAAGCGUCGCAAGACGGCUGCGCAGGUGGCGGCCGAGGCCGAGCGUCAAAAGCAAGAGCGCGAUGCGGCCGAGCGUCGACAGCGAGAAACGGAAGUGGCGAGGAAGCGCGCGGCCCGCCUGCAGGAGAUUCAAGCCGCGACCGACGAGAAGCGCAGGCAAUUGGAGCGCGCCGAGAAGCUCCGACACGACCAACCGAGGAGCAAGGUCGAGACAGUGGCCAAGGCGGCAGCGUCCAAACCUCGCGUCGAGAUUGCGAAGCCACUCAGCUCGGCACCGAGUUCGAGUGCCAAGGCGUUGAAGAAGAAGCCCAUCGAAGCCGUCUUGCUAUCCAAGAAGCCCGAGCCGACAACGUACGAAAUGUCCGAGCCAGAGAGCGACGAGAGCGGCAACGGCGAAGACGACACCAAGGCCGUGCCCAAGUGGGCGCAAAAGGCGCACUUGGAGAAGGCGCUCGCCAAGCAGUUUGGGCCCGACGCGAUCGACCCGACGCCGUCGAUUUUCCCAGAAUUCAUCGCGACCUGCGACCUCGAAGCCAUCUUCCAGCCGCGCGACGGCGCCAAGAAGCGCAAGUUUGCCCGGCGCACGAGCUCGGGCAAUUGGCUCGCAGACCGCCCGACGACGCGGGACAAGGUCGCUUAUAAAAAGGCGAUGGGCUACACCAACUGA